AAUUCAGGCUGGGUUGCCUCAGCAUUUCUUGUGGUCAACGUCACAUUGGGUGCCGGACUUCUCAACUUCCCCAUGGCCUACCACCAGGCUGGUGGAGUCUUGGUGUCUCUGAUCAUGCAAUCAAUUUUCCUGGUCUUUGUUCUGUUGGCGUGUUUCAUCCUCGCCUACUGUUCUGACAUCAAGGGAAGCAACACCUACCAAGACACGAUGCUCUCCCUUUGUGGCCCUAAAGCCCAGCUGGCCUGUGCUGUCUGUCUUCUACUGCACUGCUUCGGAGCGUGUUUGACCUUUCUCAUAGUUAUAGGAGACCAGUGGGAGAUGUUUUUCUAUAAAAUAUCCCAAGACCUCUACUGUAAAACAAAACCAUUCUACACGUCACGAGCGUUCAUCACGUCCGUCACCUCUAUCCUCUUUAUACUGCCCUUGUGUUUUCCUAAAAGAAUCGAUUUUUUAAGAUAUUCCAGCAUGGUUGGUGUUGUAGGUAUCUUGUAUGCAGCAGGGCUUGUUACAGUAAAGUAUUUUUUAUCACAUGAAAAUCAAGGGACUAUUGCCACAUGGCCAACGCAUUGGAUCGAUGUUUUCCUUGUGGUGCCAGAAAUUUGUUUUUCUUUUGACUGUCAUGUCUGUAUCGUCCCUAUCUACUCCUGUAUGGCCAAGCGUAACACGAGAGAGUUCUCUAAAACAGUAACACUUGCCAUGAUAUUGUGUAUCAUAGCUUACACGGCCACUGCAGCGAUGGGAUAUCUACAGUUCGGUGACAACAUUGCAAAUGAUGUGUUGCUGUCGUUUAACCCAACAACUGAAGUGAUGGUGUCUGUAGUUCUUAUAGCUGUGAAAACAUACACCACAUACCCAUUGAUCUGCUUAUGUGGAAGAGAUGCGUUUGACACAAUAUGGGGAAUGUUGUGGAAAAUGAGCCCAGAAGAAAUUUCACACAGAGAAAAGACUAAACGUGUCAUAACUACAUUGGUGUGGUUCACCUUCACCAUUCUGUUGUUCAUCUUUAUUCCCAAUAUUGGCGUGGUCAUACAACUCCUAGGGGCCUUAUCAGCGGUGUUUAUUUUUGUAUUACCGGGUUUUUGCUUGUUGAACGCAAUGCAGAAGAGACUAGAAUCUUUUGAGACGCAGCCUAUAAGAGUGCACGUCUUGAGAGCGUUUGCCGUGGUUUGUGUUGCGGUUGGUGUGUUUACCAUUGGACUUGUCACAUGUCAGGCUAUUAUGGUAAACAUCCACGGCACUGAACAGGAUUCGUCAAAGUUCUCUUGUAGCUAG